GGAACAGGACUUUUAGCAUCUAUCUGUCUACUGCGUUCGUUUUGUGUGGUUAGACGCACGUCGCUGAGAAAUAAACCGCGGUGCUUUUCUGUCGCGUCACGAGCCGAACCGUCUCCGUCAUCCGUGCUGGAGAGGGGGGAGAAGAAAAAAAAAAAAGUCGCACUCCGGAUGUGAUUGUGAAGAACAACUUCGGCGUUGCGAGCCCUCCUGUGCUCGGCGAGGGGGCGAGCUUCAGGCAGGCAGGCAGGCAGACAGACAGGCGGACAGGCAGACAGACAGACACCGCGGCUCCGCGCAAACGCGCCGGCGAAGGAAUAACACUGACGCUCGGAACGGAAUUGCAAUCACAGCUCCGUUAAUCGGCAUCGCGCGCUAAUGCGUGUGAACCAGCAGCCGUUAUUCGACGCUGAUCUGGGUUGCUUGUCAUCAGCUAGCAGCACAGCAGAUCUAGGCUAGCCUCCCACCACCACCGCCGCCGCUGCUGCUGCUGCGUAUGGCACAUCCGCCGGGCCGGUUAUUUGGAUCACAUGUGCAAAGAAAUCGGACCGAUUGAUUUUUGAGAUCGAGAGGAAACCUGGCGCGGUGAUCAGCGCGCGCGCCGUGCGUGCGUUAAACCCGUCUCUCAAGCCUUCAGAGCGCAAAAUCAAUCGGCGCGUGAGCUCCGUGAGGCUGCCGUGUGAUCCCUGCCUUCCUCCUCCUCCUCCUUCUCUCUUCCUCUCUCUUCUCCUCCAGGAAAAAAAAAACCCGAAACACUUUUUCUCUCGUUCCGACUCGAUAUGCGGAGAUGCGAGUAAAGAUGGAUGGGAUUAUCAGCAUUUUGGGGCUUAUUACGCUGAUCCUGGACGGUAUUUCCGCUCAGGGAGUGUACGCCCCCCCUACCGUCAGGAUCGUGCACUCAGGCCAUGCAUGUAACGUUGAGGAGGAGCGCUACACAGAGAGAGUGUACACUAUUCGGGAGGGUGAGACCCUGGAGCUCACGUGUCUAGUGACUGGACAUCCACGACCACAGAUCCGAUGGACUAAGACAGCAGGCAGCGUGUCAGACCGUUUUCAGGAUUCAAGUGUUUUUAAUGAGACACUUCACAUCGCUAAGAUCCAGCGGCACCAAGGUGGACGCUAUUACUGCAAGGCUGAAAAUGGUCUCGGCUCGCCAGCAAUUAAGUCUAUCAGAGUGGAUGUCUACUACCUGGAUGACCCAGUUGUAACAGUUCACCAGAGUAUAGGCGAAGCCAAAGAGCAGUUCUACUACGAAAGGACAGUUUUCCUCCGCUGUGUGGCCAACUCCAACCCUCCGGUACGCUACAGCUGGCACAGAGGCCGAGAUGUUCUGUCUCAGGGCUCAGAUAAGGGUGUGGAGAUCUACGAACCCUUCUUUACACAGGGGGAAACAAAGAUCCUGAAGCUGAAGAACCUGAGGCCCAAAGAUUACGCCAACUACAGCUGCAUCGCCUCUGUCCGAAAUGUGUGCGGCAUCCCUGACCGUAGGGUCAUCUUCAGACUCACCAACAAAACAGCCUCGCCGUCCAUCAAGCUGCUGGUGGAAGAUCCAAUUGUAGUGAAUCCUGGACAGACCGUGUCUCUGGUGUGUAUCGCCACGGGUGGUGAACCUCCCCCCACGCUGACAUGGACCAGUGUCUCAGAGCACCUCCCGGAGAAAAGUGUCUUAAAGGAUGGCACGCUAACAUUACCAGCCAUCUCUUCUGAAGAUGCCGGCGUCUACAGCUGCAUCGCCAGCAACAAUGUAGGGAACCCGGCCAAGAAGUCAACCACCAUUAUUGUCCGAGCGCUGAAAAAGGGCCGCUUUUGGAUCACACCCGACCCGUACCACAAUGACGACAACAUUCAGAUUGGCCGCGAAGUAAAGAUCUCGUGCCAGGUGGAGGCGACACCCCCUGAGGAGCUGCAGUUCAGCUGGCUGAAGAACGGACGGGCUCUGCGCAGCUCUGAACGCAUGGUCAUUACCCAGACUGACCCUGACAUCUCCCCAGGAACCACCAACCUAGACAUCAUCGAUCUGAAGUUCACAGACUUUGGCACUUACACCUGCGUGGCAUCGCUUAGAGGCGGGGGCAUCCCAGAGAUCAGCAUCGACGUUAACAUCUCUUCCACCACUGUGCCCCCCAAUCUAACCGUGCCACGGGGCAAGUCUCCACUGGUGGUACGGGAGGGAGAGACGGUGGAGCUGGAGUGUCUUGUUUCUGGAAAGCCCAAACCCAUUAUCCUGUGGUCACGGGCUGAUAAAGAGGUACCGAUGCCAGAUGGAAGCAUGCAGAUGGAAAGCUAUGAUGGUGUGCUGCGCAUCAUCAACGUGUCUCGUGAGAUGAGCGGCUCCUACCGCUGCCAGACCAGCCAGUACAACGGCUUCAACGUCAAACCACGGGAAGCCUUGGUGGAGCUCAUAGUGCAAUACCCUCCGGCUGUGGAGCCUGUAUCGCUAGAGGUUCGACAGGGUCUGAGUCGGCCCGUACCGAUGACCUGUCGUGUUCUGCGUGCUCAUCCUUCACGCGUGCUGCGGUACGAAUGGCGUCUGGGCUCCCGUCUGCUGCAUGCAGGCCACUUUGACACAAGCGAUGAGACUGAGUACACAGUGCGUAGCCUCAGCCGCGAUGGCUACGGGGAGUACACGUGUGACAUCAUCAAUGAGGCCGGGGCCGGCCGAUGCACCUUUUUGGUCACUGGAAAAGCUUAUUCUCCAGAGUUCUACUACGACACCUACAGUCCACUGUGGCAGAACCGACCCCGUGUUUACGGCUAUAAGCUUCAGUGGACCCAGAUGAACCCUGAUACAGUGGACCGUAUCAUGGCUUAUCGUCUCGGCAUACGCCAGACUGGGCAACAGAGAUGGUGGGAGCAGGAGAUCACUGUAGAUGGCCCCAUUCUGAAGGGAGAGCUCAUCACCCAUAACCUGUCAGAGCUCAUCAGACCUGAGGCCUACGAAGUGCGCCUGACCCCCAUCACCCGCUUUGGCGAGGGAGAUUCCGCUAUCAGGAUGGUGACCUACAGUGCUCCCAUUAACCCACAUCUGAGGGAAUUUCACUGCAGCUUUGAGGAGGAGCCCAUUUGCAUGUUUACUCAGGACAAGAAUGACAACUUUGAUUGGACGCGACAUAGCGCCGCCAUACGAGACACUAAAUACACUCCUAAUACGGGACCCAGUGGAGACCGCAGUGGUUCAAAACAAGGUUUCUAUAUGUAUAUUGAAACCUCCAGACCCCGUAAAGAAGGCGACAAGGCCCGUCUGCUGAGCCCCACCUUCAACGUUGCACCUAAAAAUCCUUACGGCAUCACCAACCCUCCAGCAUACUGCUUUGGCUUUUAUUACCAUAUGUAUGGGAAACAUAUUGGCACGCUGAAUGCAUUUAUGAAGCAGAAAGGUCAAGCCACUUCAGAUGCUGGUCCAGUCUGGUCACUCAGUGGGAAUCAGGGCGAGCGGUGGAAACAGGCCAAAAUCAGCAUCCACCCUACUGCUUCCUUUCAGGUGAUCUUUGAGGGCAUCCGAGGUCCAGGGAUUGAGGGGGACAUCGCUAUUGAUGAUGUCACUCUUGAAGAGGGGGAAUGUUCUGACCCUCCAUCCAAUCAUAUCGGAUCGAAGGCUCCAUUCCGAGUGACACAUAUAUGGCCGUUAUUCCCCGCCCUGGCUUUCACACUGUUUCAAGGUCUUAGGUGACCACCUGGCUGGGUGGAGACUGGUGGCACUGUCUGAGGCCGCAAACCCUGUACCCUCAAUAUAAUCACCAAAGAUUCAUAUUUUCAGAUGACUAAGAGGGAAACAGCACUGUCUCAAUAUGGAUUAUCAGACAUAAAAUCAUGAAAAAUUGAAAAAAAGGAAAAAAAAAGAAAAAAAAAACGAUACAAAAAUGUAAUAAGGAUUUGAUGUAUCUACUGAAAACAAUCUGCAAACUAUUUUGCCGUAAGAUGCUCCCAAGGACUCGGAGGAGAGCAACUUACUAAUGGAGUAGCAAGAGGCAGGGCUCAUGUGAAGGGCUCCCACGCAGAUCUGAGGACAGUUUGUAAAGCACAAGGACAACUUUGCCAGCUGGCAGUUAAAAAAAAAUAAAAAUAAAAAAAACAAACAAAAAAAAAUCUAAAGGUGGGGAAAUGACAGGUGAUGGCAGUCUCCACCAGCUCUUUACUAUGAACACAUUUCUCAUCCUUCCUGUCCUUCAUUAUAUAUUCAGAUCCUAUUAGCUUUUUUUUUUUUCACAUCCAGCCCUGAAACACACGCAAUUUAACCUUCUUUUGGCUUGGUGCUUUAGAACACAUAUGAAAAAACUAUGGGAAAAAAAUUAUCUGCUUUAUAUCACAAUCUGGGUAGCGGCCUGUUUUGAUUUCCAACACUGUGCUCACAUCCCCUAGUGGCAGGCCAGGGGUAGGAGACCAGGCCAAAGGAGCUAAUGAGUGCCUGAUGAAGGAGGGCAGAAGAGAGCGAGAGAGAGAGAAAGACGGAGUGCAGAAGCCUGAGGCAGAAGGCUACAGAAGGAUACAAGAACAGGUUAAGAAAAUGCUCCUCUUUUCUCUUUGGCAAGAACAUUACCAACUUUGGAGCCACUUUUUGCCAUGAAAUACAAAGUGCCUUCAGAUUCUGAGCAGAAUUGCGAGCCUGGCCGUUAACACCAAACGCGUAACGUCGAUAUUUUUAACGUCACCGUUGGGCUAUUUUGUAUGAUUAUUUUGCUCCUUCAAAUGCUGAUUUGAAUGCCGGUGGUGGUGGGAAAAUGGUUCCAGAAGUCUACACAAAGACCUGCCUGUAAUUUGCAGAUUUAGCAAAAGUUCCAACCUACACACAGGUAACUAUGUUCUCUACCGUAAGAGCAGAAACGUCUCUGACUGCACUCAGUGUCACAUAGCCGCUGUGCCGUCUUCAGAACUGGCAGUUUACUGUGCUAUCGGUUGGAAAGGUACAUGGAGACAUAGUCAGCCUGCCAUGUCAUUGCUUUACACAGACUCUCAUCAAGUGGGCCUUAGAACAAUAAGAAAUAAACACAACCCCUUGGAGGUGAAAGCAGGUGGCAGAGCCUGCACAGAAUAAGGCCUACUAUCCCUACCCACACCUCUGCCAUUUCUAUUGAACAGUGUGCAUUCUGAAAAAAAAAGAUACUAAUAAUAAAAUAUUUUAUUACACUAGCGAGAAUGUUUCUCUGAUUUUACACAAACUGUGAAAUAAACUGUGGAAAAAAAAUUACCUGAAAGUAACCAUAACCAGCUGGUUUUUAAAACAUAUUCUAAAAAAGAAAGAAAAAGGAAGAAAGAAAGAAAACAAGAAAGAAAGAAAGAAAGAACAUUUACAUAUAUUGUUGGUUAUGAAUAAUGUUUUGAGGAGCUGUGUCUUGUUUCUUAUUUUUAUGUUAAAGCUGUUAUGACUUUUAGCUUUCUUUAAUUCUUGUUGUCUCCCUUGCAUUGCUGAAAUAUCAAAAUGGUUGGAAACAUAUUGAAUAAGUUGGUUUGGUAAAUGUAAACAAACCUGUAUAUGUAAAGAAGCUCUGUUAAUCAAGGUUUAUAUGAAAUGUUUAUGUAUGAAUACAGGAAGCACAAUAUUUAAGGUUCCACAUUAAAAAGGAUGUUUUAAUUCAUGUAUGUGACUUUCUAUUUGCAAAGCCAAGAAUAUGAAAUUUGGGGAUGUAAUUUUCUAUUUGAAUUUCUUCUUCUUGUCGAAUCAGAAGAACCCUUUUUAUUAAAAAACUUGAGAUAUCAGUAGCAUUUGGUCAUCAGUCAUCAGUAUGUCUUGAAGGAGGCCUGUUCGAAACCUUCCAUCUUGGCUUUCAUCUUCCAUCUUAAGUAAAGGAGGAAUUUGAGUGUGAAAACCAAGUACUGGACUAAAAAGGUACUGAUAUUAUUUGAGACUUUCAUAGUCUUGGUUUUGUCAGUGUAGGUCACAUAUAUGUCCUGGUAUAUGCAGUGUAAAAUAGGUGUGCUAGGAACCGGAUAUAAUACAUGCUGAAGAUGUAACCAAACCAGAGCACAAUGACUGACGGUCGUUACAGGACAAUUCGGCACAUGCCCUUAUUCAGAGCAACUUACUCAAAUGCUCUGUAGUUUCCAUCAAAACAACAACAACAACAAAAUACAAAUCCUCAUGCUAGAACAAAUUGGUCAGCGUCUUAAAAUACUAUUAAGCUAAAACUUUUAGCUGAUGGCCUAUGCAGGCCAUUUUGGAGCUCAGGUCAAUUUGCACUGCUAUCACAAGCUUUUUUUUUUAGCAUCAGGUAAGAACAGUUCAAACGUACAAACACUGACAAAAUUAGACCCCAAUAAACAUAACGAUUAACGGCAAUACCUUGGUCUGUACGUGGCCUGGUAUAGGAGGACAAAAGAAAGUUGCCAGAGUUGCAAACACAUUAAAAAAUAUGAAUAAAAUUCGUAUAAAUUUAAAUGAAUUUAUCAAUUAAGUUUAAUUCAUUAUUAUUAAAUAAUACCUCAUUAUUUUAGCAGUAUUUUGCUAUGUGUAACCCAUUUCAAUUGUAUUACUUGUAUCAGCGCACCAUUCCUACCUGUCCUUUUCCUUUUGCGAAAUCCAUCCAUACAUUCAAUAGUUAAAGAGUUUAAUCAUGUCUGCUACCUAUUUGUUAUUGUGUUUGAUGUAUAUGUGUGUACAAAUAAAUGUAACAAUAACAAACGGUUCCAUGUUAUGAAUAAAAGUGCAGUUGUUACCAUUUUCAAAUUCAUCAAAGACAAAGCCAGAGGAUUAGGAAGAAGGAGCUAGCAAAGAUAUGGAUUCAUUAUUUCUUGUAGAUCCCUAGUCUUAAAUCGAAAUCUCUGAAAUAAUAGUCCGGA